AUGUCCUCUCUGCGGACUGCAAAAAGCUCCGGCUUGCAUCUCUGUCGAGCCUGCAAGCGCACCGUCACAGCGCAGCCCUUCAAGUCUUCGACAUGGCGCGCAGUAUCCACCGACGCGCAGCAGAAGGUUGGUAUGUCUGGAGUUGAACAUCUUUCAGGAUUCUUAGCUGAUUGCCUGAAUAGCUGCUGUCCUCUCGCCUUGAAGACGCUGACCCAUCGAUAUUCGACAUCAUCCGAAAAGUCAGUACCCGCCACACACGAUCUUACUUUCAAGAACAGCUUUGGCCUGACAAUUGAGCAGGAGAAACGACGGCAGAAACACUUCGUAAACCUCAUACCCUCAGAGAACUUCACGAGUCAAGCCGUCCUGGAUGCGUUGGGAAGUGUUAUGCAAAGUGGGUAAUCUGCGAAUGGCUGAAAGGACAAUCAUUGAACAUUGGCACAGACAAAUACUCCGAAGGAUACCCAGGAGCGCGGUACUACGGCGGCAACGAGUUCAUCGACGAAGCAGAGCGGCUAUGUCAGCAGCGAGCGUUGGAGACCUUUGGAUUGAAGGAGUCAGAAUGGGGCGUCAACGUACAGCGUACGCAAUCACGCACAGAAUGCAUUGACGAUUGGGCUGACACUCUCUGCAGCACUCUCCGGCUCGCCUGCCAACCUCUACGCCUACUCUGCCCUGCUCAACGCUCAUGACCGUAUCAUGGGCCUCGAUCUACCUCACGGCGGCCAUCUUUCUCACGGCUACCAACUGCCUACCAAGAAAAUCUCCGCGAUCUCGAAAUACUUCGAAACCCUCCCAUACCGACUUGACGAGGCCUCGGGACUCAUCGACUACGAGAAGCUUGAAGAGAUGGCGAUGCUUUACAGACCGAAGAUCAUCAUUGCAGGAACGAGCGCGUACAGUAGAUUGAUCGACUACGACAGAUUCAAGCAGAUUACUGAGAAGGUUGGGAAUUGCUACCUCUUAGCGGAUAUGGCGCACAUCUCUGGUCUCGUUGCCGGAGGCGUGAUACCUUCACCAUUCGAGUACGCAGACGUCGUGACGACCACGACGCACAAGAGCUUGCGAGGACCCAGGGGAGCCAUGAUCUUCUUCCGCAAAGGCGUCCGAAGAGUCGACAAGAAGGGAGUCGAGGAGAAAUACGAUCUCGAAGGUCCAAUCAACUCGUCGGUGUUCCCGGGACAUCAGGGAGGCCCACACAACCACACCAUCACUGCGCUGGCCGUGGCGCUCCACCAAGCUCAACAGCCGGAAUUCAAGGAGUACCAAAAGACUGUGCUUGAGAACGCCAAGGCACUCGCUGCACGGUUGGGCAACGACAAAGAAUCUGGCGGCCUCGGCUACAACAUCGUUAGCGGCGGUACUGACAACCAUCUGGUUCUGGUAGACCUGAAGAACAAAGGCAUUGACGGGGCCCGAGUUGAGCGUAUCCUCGAACUAGUUGGUGUCGCCACCAACAAGAACACCGUUCCUGGCGACAAGUCUGCGAUGAAGCCAGGCGGUCUGCGGAUGGGAACUCCAGCGAUGACCACCCGUGGCUUCCAUCCAGAGGACUUUACGCGUGUUGCGGAUAUCGUGCAUAGGGCUGUCAAUAUCACCAAGACGCUGGACGGCAAGGCCAAGGAGGCUGCGGAGAAGAGUGGACGUAAAAACCCUGGAAGUGUGGCUGCUUUCCGCGAGUACGUAAAGGAGGGCGAGGAGGUCGUUGAGAUUGUCGAGUUGCGCAGGGAGGUUGAGGAUUGGGUGGGAACCUUCGCUUUGCCCUGGGGCGAUAAAACCGAAUGA